AUGUCUGCAAAUCGAAGAAUUGCUAAGGAAUAUACCGAUCUGCAGUCGAAUCCUAUCAACAAUGUGACGAUCGAGCCUGACGAGAACAACGUCUUACAUUGGACUGGAAUUAUGGAGGGACCUGUUGGAUCGUGUUACGAGGGCGGGAAGUUCAAAAUAGAAGCGACGUUUCCGUUAGAGUACCCGUUCAAAGCACCGACGAUCAAAUUCUUGACGAGGAUCUAUCACCCUAAUAUCACCCAAGAAGGCCUGCUCUGCAUAGGUCUCUUGAAGCCAGACGCUUGGAAACCUUCGAUCAGGAUCGAGCAUGUGCUUAGAGCAAUUGUUAAUCUAUUAGUCGAGCCAAAUCCCGAGGACGCGAUUGUGGCCAGUAUCGCUGAACAGUUCGAUAAGGACUACGAGUUGUUCAAGAGCACUGCUCAAGAGCAUGUUCGAAAAUAUGCAACUUGA